UCAGCGAGCCUGCAGCCGCUCCGCGAUGGGUCACUGAGCGGCAGGACUGCGGCAUGCCCGCCGCCUGAGCCCCCGUGGGACAGGAUGGAAGCAGAGCUAGAAAGUCCAAACGCGUCCCCGGAGAAGCGCUACUUUCCAGAAUCCCUGGAUUCCAGCGAUGGGGACGAGGAAGGGGUUUUGGCCUGUGAGGACUUGGAGCUGAACCCUUUUGAUGGCUUGCCGUACUCGUCGCGUUACUACAAGCUCCUCAAGGAAAGGGAGGACCUUCCGAUAUGGAAAGAAAAGUUCUCCUUUAUGGAGAACCUGCUGCAGAGCCAAGUCGUGAUUGUUUCAGGGGACGCCAAAUGUGGCAAGAGCUCUCAGGUUCCUCAGUGGUGUGCUGAAUACUGCCUCUCCGUCCACUACCAGCACGGGGGCGUGAUAUGCACGCAGGUCCACAAGCAGACUGCGGUUCAGCUUGCACUGCGGGUAGCCGAUGAGAUGGACGUUAACAUUGGUCACGAAGUUGGCUAUGUGAUCCCUUUUGAGAACUGCUGUACCAGUGAAACGAUCCUGAGGUACUGCACCGAUGACAUGCUGCAGAGAGAAAUGAUGUCCAACCCCUUUCUGGGCAGCUAUGGGGUCAUCAUCCUAGACGACGUCCACGAGAGGAGCAUCGCCACGGAGGUGCUGCUGGGACUUCUCAAAGACGUCCUGCUGGCCCGGCCGGAACUGAAGCUCAUCAUCAACUCCUCCCCGCUGCUCCUCAGCAAGCUCAGCUCCUACUAUGGAGACGUGCCUCUCAUCGAAGUCCGAGGCAAGCACCCGGUGGAGGUGGUGUACCUCAGCGGGGCCCAGCAGGACACUUUCCAGACCAUUCUGAGCCUGGUCUUGGAAAUCCACCACUCGGGUGAGAAGGGCGACAUUGUCGUCUUCCUGGCGUGUGAGCAAGACAUUGAAAAAGCCUAUGAAAUCGUCUGUGAGCAAGGUGCUCACCUGAGCCCGGAUCUCGGAGAGCUGCUGGUGGUUCCCCUGUACCCAAGAGAGAAAUGCGCGCCGUUCAAGCCGACCGCCGAGGCGGAGAGGCCGGGCCAGGCCUCGCAGCGGCAAGUGGUGCUCACCACCAGCCCCGGCGAGUCCUUGGUCUGGAGCAACACUGUCAGAUUUGUUAUUGAUGUGGGUGUGGAAAGAAGGAAGGUGUAUAACCCGAGAAUCCGAGCCACCUCCCUCGUCACACAGCCCAUCAGUCAGAGCCAGGCAGAGAUCCGGAAGCAGAUUCUGGGCUCGUCCUCCUCAGGUAAGCUCUUCUGUCUGUAUGCUGAGGAGUUCGCCUCCAAGGACAUGAGGCCCCUGAAGCCAGCGGAAAUGCAGGAAGCCAACCUGACAAGCAUGGUGCUAUUCAUGAAGAGGAUAGAUAUCGCAGGCCUGGGCCAUGGCAACUUCCUCAACAGGCCAGCCCCAGAAAGCUUGAUGCAAGCUCUGGAAGACUUGGACUACCUGGCAGCGCUGGACAACGAUGGCAAUCUGUCUGAAUUUGGAAUCAUUAUGUCGGAGUUUCCUCUGGACCCGCAGCUCUCCAGGUCCAUCCUGGCAUCGUGUGAAUUUGAUUGUGUAGAUGAAAUGCUAACAAUUGCUGCCAUGGUAACAGCCCCGAACUGCUUCUUGCACGUGCCCCACGGAGCCGAGGAGGCCGCCCUGAUGUGCUGGAGGACGUUCUUACAUCCCGAAGGAGAUCACUUCACCCUCAUCAACAUCUACAAGGCCUUCCAGGACACGGCCCUCUACUCUGCCAGUGACCACUGCGUGGAGAAGUGGUGUCAGGAUCGCUUCCUCAACUGUGCUGCUCUGAGAAUGGCAGACGUCAUCCGGGCCGAGCUCCUGGAGAUCAUCAGGCGCAUCGAGCUGCCCUACGCAGAGCCUGCCUUCGGCUCCGUGGAGAACAGCCUGAACAUCAAGAAAGCGCUGCUGUCUGGCUACUUCAUGCAGAUCGCCCGGGACGUUGACGGCUCAGGGAACUACUUGAUGCUCACACACAAGCAGGUGGCUCAGCUGCACCCCCUGUCCGGCUACUCCAUCACGAAGCAGAUGCCCGAGUGGGUCCUGUUUCACAAGUUCAGCAUAGCCGAGAACAACUACAUCCGCGUCACCUCCGAGAUCUCCCCGCAGCUAUUUAUGCAGCUGGCACCACAGUACUACUUCAGUAAUCUGCCUCCCAGUGAGAGUAAGGACAUCUUGCGGCAGGUCACAGAUCCCCUGUCCCCAAUGCCAGCCAUGAAGGAAGGGGAGAAGUGCCCCGAGGCUGUGGAACAGAGAUGUGCCAUCCAGUGACUGCCAGCAGGUACAGGAGCACAGCGGAGCCCUCCCCACAGCUGGCACGCCAGGGACAUGCACUCACCCGAGUCCCACCCUGCGGGACAGUCUGGAGGAAGUAAGACUUGCUAUAGUAAAAUAAAGAGGAGUUUUAUUGAAUUCUUUAAAAUUACUAUCCCAUGCUUUUCUUCUUAUUGGAAGUUUUUAAUCACCCAUCCACAAUCUGUCUGAAAUUUUAAAAAAGGCUAUUUUGUAAAUGUGUCACAGACACAUGGAGUAGAACCCUACAUUUGUAGAGGACUCUAAAUAAAGUCAUGAGCUUUUCAGUAAACUU